AUGCCGAAAAAGGGCAACCAUGGCGAAAAUGCCUACAGAGGAGCGCAGAAGGCUCACUCUCAAGUAAACGCUACGACAGAAACCAGCGAACUCGGUUGCUUAGACAAUGCAAGGGUGGAAUCAGCAAUCCUUCAUCACCAAGCUACCACCAACAAGUCGACGCGAACGCAUCCGUGUCUACCAGUAGGAGAACUCACCAUUGUCGAUACCGAUACAAAGGCCCUAGUAAAGGUGCAUGUUUUGCUCGACACUGGAGCUGAACUAUCGUUCAUUGAUAGCUGCUUGGCCAACCGACUGCACUUACCAGUACAGGACACCAAAGAGGUUCAACUGGCAACGUUCGGUUCUCAGGAAGUAAAGAGAAUCAGAUGUAACCGAGUACAUAUAGACGUUUGGGAUGCAGAAGAAGCAUGCAACCCUCACAACCUAGAGCUGCUCACACACAAUGUUCUUACACGUUCACUUGAGACGCCAGAACCUUCUGUAGACGACAGGGAAUUCAUUCGUUCUCUGAACUUGCCUAUGACAUGGAGGAAUGAUAAUAAGAAGUUAACUCCAUCUAUUCUGCUUGGGUGCGAUCAACUAUGGAGUUUUGUGCAAACCAACGAACCAUCAAUACCCUUACCCUCGGGAAUGCACAUUUUACCCACAACCAACGAACCAUCAAUACCCUUACCCUCGGGAAUGCACAUUUUACCCACUAAAAUGGGAUACUUGGUUUCAGGACGACCUAAGCUUGAGAACAAAAAUGUUUUCCAAGUCUCUCAACAGCUUCAAGAUUGA